UUCUUUUGCAAGUCGCUUAUAGACCUUCUUGAUCUCUGCCUGGCUUGCAGUCCUGGUCACCCCGAGGAUUGUGUAUGGGUCCAUCUCAGGCCCAGCCUGGGAUGCUCCAGUCAGCAGCACUGAGAGGACCACCAGCAGUGCCAGCGGCACGGACGUUUUUGACCUCGCCAUCACAGUUAUCUGUGCCACAUCGGAAAACCCAUGUUCAAAUGGAGAUUCAAAGGACGGUCAGAUCUGAAACAUGACUCAAACUUUAGAUGUCACAGAAACAUAACAAGGCUCUUUUUCAUACUGGCAUUACCUUUGUGGUGAUAAUACAUUUAAGUUAAUUUAAGUAGAAGGACGAGGUCGUUAUAGAGGCAGGGAAAAAAUAAAUUCAUAACUGUCAGCUACAUAACUGAACGACAGAAACAUUUUCUUUCGAUGACAGGACUUGCUCUGUGACCAAAACUUGAUUCCUCGAGGUAUGUUACGAGUGUUCACGCAAUUUUCAUUAUGGUCAGUUGCGUUGCUACAGUUGCUAGCUGUCUUAACGCAGCAGCUCCGCAAUCACCUCAAGCAGACGCGGUCAGCCAGCACUACGCCACAUCUUUGAAGGAGGUUGAGAUGUUCUUCAACUUGUUGGUCAACGCCAAUAUGGACAAACAGCCAAAAGCGAAGGGUGUGUUCAACAGCAUCCCACAAUUCCGCCAGGGAAAGCUGUCAGCCAGCUGCUGCAAGGAGGGAUCACCAUGGAGUAGAGGGGGAGGGGCCCGCUGCCGAAAGUAGUUUUGGGAAAUUGAGUUCUUAAAACGUAAACGUAUUUUCCCCCGUGUGUUCGCUUUGUUUUUCGUGGUGUCGCAGGUUUUCGUGUGAAAGUGUUACGGUAAGCUUACAUCACGGAAACGGUUCCCAGAAACUGCAAUCAAACGCACCUUUUUUCGCCUCUCUGUACUCCCACAAUGAACCAAUCACAGACGGCGGUGAUGUAAACAAGGAAAUAGCAAAUGCAACUGAACAUCAGGAAGACAGCAGAGACUGAAACUUCUUAACUUAAAAAGGAAUAAGGUAACUUGUUAUUCUAAACACACGUGUACGGCGUUUGUACCAUUAUGACCGUCUGACUGUGUAACCAAAAGCUCAAUUGUUUCAGUUUAUUUGAUAAUUUUACGUCUCUACGUGGUCGUCGUCGGUAUAUUGCAGAUAAUGGAUGAAAGACACAAGAAGAUCCUUCAACGCAACAGGACCAACCUCGUGACAGAAUUGGAACCUGCAAACCUUUGUGACCACCUUCUCGAAAAAGGAGUUUUCACACAAGACAUGAUCGAUGAGAUAAAAGUAAGAUAUCCCUUUCUUGAGAUAGUUAUCCUCUUUUGUGUGUUGGGUCAUGUACACCAUAUGCGGUACACAUUUGCUCCUGUCUGUGGUUGAAGAGCUCUGGGACCAGACGUGACCAGGCCAGGCAGCUGGUCCGGGACUUGGAGACCCGCGGAAGUCGGGCCUUUCCAUUAUUUCUUGAGAGCCUUCAGGAGACAGGUCAGAACAGUUUAGCUGAGUUACUGCAGAAUGGAGCUCUCCCAGUUCGGCUGCAGCCUGCGACACCCACACAGGUUGUUGGCCCUGUUGUUCAGCCUCUCCCAGUCAGUAAGUGUGUCAUUAUAUUUACAUUUAAAUCCCACCAAAUGAUCCUAUCUGGGAACAUUACUACUAAAUUGUAAUCUUUGGUGUCUGUGAACUUUCUGUUUCUCAAAUAGUCCCUCUAAUGGAAGGUAAUAUGCACAGAAAUGAUGUUCCUGUCUGUCUAGUGCCAAGACCCAAUACAACUCCCACUCCAUGUAAGCUAUGGUGGUUAUGAAAGUACUGAUAUAUUUUUGGUAUAUUUCUUUCUUUUAUUCUUAACAUGCACUUACGCUUGUGUCACAGCACCUAAAACAGAGUUUCCAAAGUUGCCCAGCAGACCCCGGAGGGAUAGUAUUAAGGUUAGCACCAAUUAAUUAUCAAGUAAUCCACUACUAGUGGAAAGGAAGAACCUGGUGGAACUUAAGAAUUAGUACUUUAUUCCAUCCCUGAAAAUAUGUAUUUAGCCUUUGUCUUUCUUUUUUUAUGCCAGAGCUAUAAAAUGGAUGCCAACCCAUGUGGACAUUGCCUUAUCAUUAACAACGUGGAAUUUGAUCCUCAGAGUGAACUGAGCAACCGCAAAGGGUCCAACAUAGACUGUGACAAACUGGAGAGAAGAUUCAAGGCUCUCAACUUUAUUGUGGAAGUGAAAACCAACCUUAAGCAAAGAGUAAGAGUAUUUGAUCAUAUUCUCUCUCUGACAACAGAUAUAAAACUUUGAUUUUUCUAAGCAGUUUUCUGUUUAUUUCAGCAAAUCAAACAUGAACUGUCAGCUUUAUCAAAGAAAGACCAUUCACAGCAUGACUGCUGUGUGGUUAUCAUGCUAUCCCAUGGGACUGAGGUGGGACAUGUUUUUUAGCAUCUAUCAUUCUCACAGAAAUCCUGUGUGUAAUACUGCACCAGAUGACUUUUAAGAUCAAGCAUCAAUUAACUUUUAUGUUCAUAGGUGAGUCAUAACCGCUUCCCAGGUGCUGUGUACGGUAUUGAUGGACAGUUUGUUCCAGUUCAGCACAUAACAAACUACCUGAAUGGCCAGCAUUGUCCCUCUUUACAAGGCAAACCCAAACUUUUCUUCAUCCAAGCCUGUGGUGGAGGUAAAGUAUAUUUCAAAAAACCUCAAAGAAUUACCACAAUUUAUUCAAAUGAACAAAUACAAGUGUAAAAAACCAUAAUUCUACGCACCUCAUGGAAGGAUAUCAACGCUGUUUGAAGCUGUUUGAAAAUGAAGCUUUUUUUUCUUUAGAUGAGAGAGACACAGGUUUUGAGAUGUCUCCAGAUGAGGUUAAACCAUCCUUUGGUGGAGAAGACGAUCAGACCGAUGCCAUUCCAAUGUCAUCCAGCAGCGACUCUCUGAGCAUGUCAGAUGAACCAGAUGCCAGAACAACGCUACCCACCCCUAGUGACAUCCUGGUGUCCUACUCUACUUUCCCUGGUGUGUGUGUGUGUGUGUGUGUGUGUGUGUGUGUGUGUGUGUGUGUGUGUGUGUGUGUGUGUGUGUGUGUGUGUGUGUGUGUAUGUGUGUGUGUGCGCGCGUGCGUGCUUGAAUGUGUGCAUGUGAGUGUGAUAAGUAUGCAUUCAUCUGUGUAAAAAUUUGACUUACUUUUUUUUGGAUAUCUUGAAGACUUAAAAACAGGCAACUGGACUGUGUGACACAGUCCACACAGUCCAGUUGCCUGUUUUUAAGUCUUCAAGAUAACCAUGACCUGGAUGAAUGAGAAUCUACAUGGACAUUUUUUUUGGAUACAUAAACCAUACCCAAAAGUCUUUUGCUUUGCCCAUGUUUAAAAAAACAGGUUAUGUUUCCUGGAGAGACACCCAGUCGGGAUCCUGGUAUGUUGAAACACUAGACCGUAUUCUUGAUGAAAAUGCUGCCACUGAUGACUUGGUCACAAUGUUAAUGAUGGUGAGCUUUACAUUUUACACUGAUAAAAAUAACAUGACCCAUCAACUUCUUUCUUUUUUGAAAAUACAAUAAAACACUGGUGUAAUGACUGCUCUUGUUUUCAGGUAAACCAUGAAGUUUCCCAAAAUUCUGCAAAAGGACUCUACAAGCAAAUGCCUGGUUCUUUUAACUUUCUCCGCAAGCUCCUCUACUUUCAAACCCAAUCUUAGCAGUCUGUACUCAUGGCCUGAGACGUUUACCACAAGGGAAUUUAUAAAUCUUUUGAUGUUGUAAGGCAAGGCUGUAAUUUCACGGAAUUGUCGUUCAGGAUAGUUGCGAAUUGUAUGAAUGUGCCUAUUUUGGGUUUUGGUACUUCUUAUUUCAAGUCUAAUACUUCAAUUUUGUUUAGCUGGACUUUGUAGAGUAUGUAAAUAUGCAAUUUUAAGAAAAUUCAAGUGGGACAGCAGCUCUAUGUCAUUCAAAUCAGGUAAAUUUUUGCAUUCAUUUUCAAUGGAAUUAAUUUAUGUAGUUUACAAAGUUGGUGGAGAAUGCUGGAUUGAAAAUUAGAUCAACUUACAUUUAGAAUCAGGGCCUCAGGGUUACUAAAUUAAAGAAUAAUAUUUUAAACUAAAGUGGAUUUGUGUGUGUGUGUGUGUGUGUGUGUGUGUGUGUGUGUGUGUGUGUGUGUGUGUGUGUGUGUGUGUGUGUGUGUGUGUGUGUGUGUGUGUGUGUGUGUGUGUGUGUGUGUGAGUGUGUGAGAGAGAGAGAGCAAGAGAGAUUUGUCAAAUUUUCCAGUGGAUAACCCUCUAGGUAAGUUGACAUUUAUAUGGCAGUGAAAAACUUUUGACUCUCUUCUGUUGUGGUGGUUUGUCCCACUCUUCUCUAGUGUGAGUGGUAUAUCAGCGCAGGAGAACAAAUGUGUGGCACAUCAUUUGUCUGCUGAUGAAUCACAAGUAAGCUAGGCCUGGGACUAGAGGAUGCUGGAAAGUAAGAAAUGGCAAUUAAUUUUUCCACCUGAGGUGAUAUCUAUCAACUUUAGAUGAGACCUUGUACUCCCCUACAUUAAAAGUGGCUAAUACCACAGAGUUGAGCAUCUCAUGGGAGAACUCGAGGAAAAGCUUAUGAGCACAAGAAGCACCAGUAUCCAGAAUUCUCAGCACAAGUAAAACAGAGAAGUUAAAGUGGGGUGCAGAGGAUUUGUGGCCUCUUCCAUCAUCACACUGCUGAUAGAACCAAGUAUCCAUGGACAAGCUUUGUGACAGACCAUUAGAUGAGUCUCGCAAGCAGUUUAAAGAAACAUCCAGUGGAUGUGGCUUUGGUUAAUCAUAAACAAUCAACCUAUCUUACCCCAGAAUCCACAUCAGGCCAAUUCUUAGGAACAGGUAACUCUGGAUCACCCGGUAGCCGGCCACCUCCGGGGAGGAUGUCUAGUGUUAAAAUGCUAAAACGUCUGAUGAUCCAGAGGCUCACCACCAAUGAUGUGUCACAUCCCACCAGUUAUCAGUUGGCAUAAGAGAUGAUAAACAUCACAUACUGUAUUUUUUCUCAAAAGAAUUAUAAUUAUAACUUUGUUUACAUACAGAAUAAUGAGGCUUUGGAAAAGUACUUUUUAAGUGUCGUAAUUUCUGUAGUUUUCACUACAAAGGAGGCUGUAACAAGUUGACUAUGCUUCUGUUGUUUCCAGAAUAAAUGGUUUUGCAUUGUUCUCUACAACUAAGAAAA